GAGGGCGGGGGGCGGGGCCUUGCGUUGCGCCGCGGGCACGUCCCUGCGCGUACUCAGUAUUUAAUGUCUCUGUGUUCCAACGGCCUGGGCGAGCACGUGGGGCAGCGGCCGGAGCGCGCCGCUUUGGGGCCGGGCCUCUGGGGCCGAGUAGGGGGUCGGGGGGCGGCGGCGGGCGAGGACCCUGUAUCCCGACAGUGGCCGAGGAGCUGGUGUAACUACUUCCAGCCUCCAGGAUGGCCAUCCAAUUCCGUUCACUUUUCCCCUUGGCAUUGCCUGGAAUGCUAGCGCUCCUCGGCUGGUGGUGGUUUUUCUCUCGUAAAAAAGAGCAUGUCAGCAGCCAUGACGAACCGGUGGGGGCCAGCACUGUGGAGCUGAGGGCCGACCCUGCCAUCAAGCAACUGGUCCCUGUGGAAGACCCCUGUCCUGCAGCAGAGUCCACGCCCCCCACUGUCACACAGCCAGCAGAAAAGGAGCUGGCCACCAUAAUCGAGCCUUCUGCAGAGCCCCCAGCCUUGCUACGGGCACAUCCAGCCUGCCGUACAUCAGAGUCCUCAGACAGCCUUUCUACCACCACAGACACGAGAUUUCGACCAGGAACACACAGAGAUGACAGCGCCAGGGUGGAACUAGCCCUCACUGCUGAUGAAGCCAGGUCUGUUCCUCCGGAGUGCUCCCUUCCACCGCCCAAGUCUGUUCUGUCCCCCCACAGAGCCGCUGAGGCGUGCAGGCACGCGGCGGGGCAUGGCCCACAAGGCCAGUCCGCAGCCCCCACGGAGAAGCCUGGCCCUGGGGAGAAGGUGAGGGAGACAGGGGCUGAAGGCACUGGCGAUGCAGUGUUGGGAGAAGGUGUGCUGGAAGAAGGCGUGUUGUCCCUGGAGCCUGGCUCUGCACCACAGAGCAGCAAGGCACCCAGCCUGGCCCCACUGGGAGGAAGAGGAGAGGAGGGGAAGAGCAGCCUGCCUCAGGCGGAUGGGGACGCAGCAGGGAAGCUGCUGAGUGGCCUCACUGAAUCGGCUCAUGCAGAGAGGGCCAAGGAUGUCGAAAUGACAGCAUCCCAGGUCAGAGGUGGCCGAGCCUGUGAAGGAGAACUGAGCAAAGAGGAAACCUUGGAUGAAAAUGAUACGAUUGAGCAAGCUGCCUUCCAGAUUAUCUCCAAAGUGAUCUUGGAGGCCACUGAAGAAGUGCUGGCCACCACCACGGGCAAGACUGAAGACUGCACGGAUCAGGCCUCAGCCGGUCAGCUCCAAGGGCAGCAGGAGAGCUGUGCCCCAGUCUGCCAGAAGACUGCCCUCGGGCAAGAUGCCUCGGAGCCCAGCCCAGCCCUGGGAGAGGCGGCUGCAGUAGAGGAGGCCGCAGCAGAGGCAGCCUUGGCCCCAUCAGAUGCUGCCCUCCCCUCACCAGACCUGUCAGCAGAGGACCUGCCACCACCAAAGACCUAUGUGAGCUGCCUGAGCAGCCCUCUGUCCAGCCCCACCCAGGACAUGAAGCCAAAGAACUCUGUGCACCACAUUGCCCUGGUCCCCUGCCCACCACCAGCCACCCCCCUUGGAGAGCCAUUGGACAACGCGAGUGUAGUGGCGGAAGAUGCUGGCUGUGUCACCUGCACGUCUGACAACAGCCAGGGCGUCCCUUCAGUGGCCUCCUCCGGGCAGUGCGCAGAUUCCGUCAGCACUUCAGGGCUUGAAGACUCGUGUACAGAGACCACCAACUCCAGCCCCAGGGAUAAGGCCUCCACCUCGCCACUGCCACAAAGUACUGUGCCCUUCAGCAAUGGGGUGCUGAAGGGGGAGUUGUCGGACUUGGGGACUGAGGAUGGAUGGACCGUGGAUGCGGAAGCAGAUCAUUCGGGAGGUUCGGACGGGAACAGCAUGGAUUCAGUGGAUGGCUGCUGUGGCCUCAAGAAGACAGACGCUUUCCAGAAUGCCCAGGCAGGCUCCAAUCCUAAGAAGGUGGACCUCAUCAUCUGGGAGAUUGAAGUGCCAAAGCACUUAGUCGGUCGGCUCAUUGGCAAGCAGGGGCGGUACGUGAGCUUUCUGAAGCAAACAUCCGGUGCCAAGAUCUACAUCUCAACCCUGCCUUACACCCAGAACAUCCAGAUCUGCCACAUAGAAGGCUCUCAGCAUCAUGUAGAUAAGGCGCUGAACUUGAUUGGGAAGAAGUUCAAGGAACUGAACCUCACCAACAUCUAUGCUCCCCCACUGCCUUCACUGGCACUGCCUUCUCUUCCAAUGACUUCUUGGCUCAUGCUCCCAGAUGGCAUCACUGUGGAGGUGAUCGUGGUCAACCAGGUCAACGCGGGGCACCUGUUCGUGCAGCAGCACACGCACCCCACCUUCCACGCGCUGCGCAGCCUGGACCACCAGAUGUACCUCUGCUACUCUCAGCCUGGAAUCCCCACCUUGCCCACCCCGGUGGAAAUAACGGUCAUCUGUGCGGCCCCCGGUGUGGAUGGCGCCUGGUGGCGAGCCCAAGUGGUGGCCUCCUAUGAGGAGAGCAACGAAGUGGAGAUUCGCUACGUGGACUACGGUGGAUAUAAGAGAGUGAGAGUCGACGAGCUCCGGCAGAUCCGGUCUGACUUUGUGACCCUGCCGUUCCAGGGAGCGGAAGUCCUUCUGGACAGCGUGAUGCCUCUGUCAGAUGGUGACCACUUCUCACCUGAAGCGGACGCGGCUAUGAGCGAGAUGACCGGAAACACAGCGCUGCUGGCUCAGGUGACAAAUUACAGUCCAACUGGCAUUCCUCUGAUUCAGCUGUGGAGUGUGGUUGGAGACGAGGUGGUGUUGAUAAACCGGUCGCUGGUGGAGCGAGGACUUGCUCAGUGGGUAGACAGCUACUACACAAGCCUCUGACCCCCGUCCCCACGGCCGCCGGAGUCUGUUGCACUGUGGACAUCGGGUGUGGCUCGAGGCAGAGACUUUACACGAGAAUAACAAACGUUGUCUUCCUCAGAAAGUCCUUUUUUUUCUCAUACUGUAGGCAUGCUGAGAAGGUGUUUGGUCUCUGAAGCAAGGAAGGAGCUAUGGGUUGUUUUUAAAGCCAUAGGGUGGUGUUUAACAAGCCAGUCAGCUUAACCUGGUUCUAAGCUGCUGAAGAAGAAAAACUACGUUGACCAAGUUGUCCUGUCCCCUCCUCUCCAUUCCUCUCUUCUCCCUUCCCACUCCCCCCGCCCCGCCCCAACACACAAACCCAACCCGCUGCAGCAGACAGGCCGAGGGUGUGUUGCUCAUUUGAGGGGUUUCUUUUGCUUCAGAAUCUUUCUUCAGGGAGCAAGACAUGAACUGACGAAUUGACAUUAAUUACUUGUACAGCUUGCAUAAAUGGAUUUAUGAUGUUUAACCAGUUUUUAUAAACUUGACCUAGGUCACGAAGCAGGCAGACUUUUUAAUGCAUAUGUAAAUACAAAGCAAUCAUACCUCUCUCUGGCCUUGGUCCGUGGGAGAAGCAAACUGUUUGUUAUCUGGCCAAGCCUUGUUGUAAUUUGUAACCAUUUUCUAUUUGUGCAAACUCUGUAAAUAUGUGUUUAAAAAAUGUAAUAUUUUAUACAAGAUACACUGGAGGACAAAGGGAACUCACGAUUUUUCCACACGCCAUGCCGUCGGUGAGCAGAAGCUGCAGCCACCCGUGAGCCGCCCCUGCUGGGGCUCCAAGGCGUCCCGCACGCUGGCCGGCGUGACUGCAGAGUAGAGGUUGUGGUCUGGGAUUUUCUUUUCUUUCUGUGCAAGUUUGUUUCGGGGGGAAAAAAAGCAAUUCAUUGAAUUAUCAGAGAUUGUGAUCCGGGGAUUUUUUUUUUUCUUUCUCUACAAGUGUGAUUGUGAUUUAAAAAAAAAAACAUUCAUCGAAUUACCAGAGAUUGUGAUUCGGGGAUUUUUUUUUUUUCUGUACAAAUUUGUUAAAAAAAGAAAAAAAAGAAAGAAA